CCGUGUUCUGCCUCUUGCAUCAGCAUCGUCGGCACCAGGAGCGCAGAAUGGAGGCAGGCGAGGCUUACCACAGUGAGCUCCUCGGUAUAUCCACUGAUGAGAGUGGAAUGAAGGCUCUGAACGAUCAUCUCGCUGCACGAAGUUACAUCGCUGGCUUCACAUUUUCACAAGCUGAUGUGGAAAUAUUCCGGUCACUUCCAAAACCGCCUCUUGAUCAGUACUUCCACGUGAUGCGGUGGUACAGGCACAUUGCAGCAAUUUGGGAUUGCACUCAAGAUGAUGCCAAGACAUGUAAGCUCCACACAUCUAAAGUGAAGAGAACCCAACCAUCAUGGUCCCCACCAUCAGAAAUGAAACAACCUGAGCUACGGCUGUACAACAGUUUGACUCGUAGUAAGGAGAUCUUUCGCCCUCAGAAUGGGAAGCGUGUGUUGUGGUACUGCUGUGGGCCCACUGUUUAUGAUGCUUCACACAUGGGACAUGCCAGGUCCUACAUCUCCUUUGACAUCCUGCGACGGAUUCUAAUGAACUACUUCAAAUAUGAUGUAUUCUAUUGUAUGAACAUCACAGAUGUGGAUGACAAGAUUAUCAAGCGAGCCCGACAGAAUCACCUGUUUGAGCAGUACAAAGAGAAAAAUCUGGACCCUAUGGAACUUCUACAGGACAUCAAGACAGCUCUGAAGUCUUUCUCUGUGAAACUUGCUGAAACGACUGACCCAGACAAGAAGCAGAUGCUGCUGAGGAUUAAUCGAACAGUUGAGUUAUCCCUCGAAUCCUUAGAGGAGGCAAUGCAACAGGCACUUUCUAGUGAAGAAAUUACCAAACGAGCUGAGGUGCUGCUGGAUGAAGCAAAGGAUAUGUUGUCUGAUUGGCUGGAUGUUCAAUUUGGCAGUCAGGUGACUGACAAUUCCAUCUUUUCUACCCUUCCCAAGUACUGGGAGGGGGAAUAUCACAAAGACAUGGAUGCACUCAAUGUUUUGCCUGCAGAUGUUUUAACUCGAGUGAGUGAAUAUGUUCCUGAGAUUGUGCAGUUUGUUAAGCAGGUGGUUGAUAACGGUUAUGGGUACGUCUCCAAUGGUUCUGUAUACUUUGACACGGUGAAGUUUGACAGCAGUGAAAAGCAUUCAUAUGCCAAACUGGUGCCUGAGGCUGUCGGAGACCAGAAAGCACUGCAUGAAGGAGAAGGUGAUCUUAGUAUUUCAGCAGAUCGACUAAGUGAGAAGCACUCUCCCAAUGACUUUGCACUGUGGAAAGCCUCCAAGCCUGGAGAACCAUCUUGGGAUUCACCCUGGGGAAAGGGUCGUCCUGGUUGGCACAUUGAAUGCUCGGCAAUGGCUGCUAGCAUUCUAGGAGAAUCCAUGGACAUCCAUGGCGGAGGAUUUGACCUGCGGUUCCCUCAUCAUGACAAUGAAUUGGCACAGUCUGAGGCUUAUUUUGAAAAUGAUCACUGGGUUCGAUACUUCCUCCACACAGGGCACCUGACCAUAGCAGGCUGCAAGAUGUCAAAAUCUUUAAAAAAUUUUAUAACUAUCAAGGAUGCACUGAGCGCAAAUACCGGUCGGCAGCUGCGUCUGGCGUUUCUCAUGCACUCCUGGAAGGAUACACUGGAUUAUUCGAGCAAUACCAUGGAAUCGGCCGUUCAAUAUGAGAAAUUCUUGAAUGAAUUCUUCCUGAACGUGAAGGAUAUUUUGCGGACCCCAACAGAUAUCACAGGACAGUUUGAGAGGUGGCAGGAGCAGGAGAUGACACUUAAUAACCGCUUUUAUGAGAAGAAGACAGCAGUGCACAGGGCAUUGUGUGAUAACAUCGAUACCCGAACAGUAAUGGAGGAGCUGCGGUCCCUUGUGAGUCAGUGUAACACAUACAUUGCAGCAAAGAAAAGCAACAAGCAGUUACCAAAUCGCAUGCUGUUGAAGACCAUUGCAGUGUACCUCACUGAGAUGCUGAAGAUUUUUGGAGCAAUAGAGGGUGAAGAACCAAUUGGAUUCCCUGUGGGAGGAGGCAGCCAUAAUUUAAAUGUGGAAGCCACUGUGAUGCCAUACCUGAAGGUGCUGUCAGAUUUCCGUGAGAAUGUGCGACAAAUUGCCCGUGAGAAGAAAGUGAGUGAGGUUCUACAGCUGUGUGAUGGCCUUCGAGACAACAUCCUUCCAGAACUUGGAGUCCGCUUUGAGGACCAUGAAGGGCUACCUACUGUGGUGAAGCUUGUGGACAGAGAGACAUUGUUAAGGGAACGAGAAGAGAAGAAAAAGAUUGAAGAAGAGAAAAAGAGGAAGAAGGAAGAAGCAGCCCAGAGAAAACGAGAACAGGAGGCAGCAAAACUGGCCAAGAUGAAAAUCCCUCCCAGCGAGCUGUUCAGGUUAGAGAAGGACAAGUAUUCCAAGUUUGAUGAGAAUGGGUUUCCAACUCAUGAUACCGAGGGCAAGGAACUUAGCAAGGGACAGACCAAGAAACUUAGAAAACUUUAUGAAAUGCAGGAGGAGCGGUAUAAUGAGUAUGUGCGGACGCUACAGAAUAGCAGCACCAACUAAAUGCAUUACACUGACUUCCAGUGUAUCUAACAACGGAAAGCAGCAACACAAGAAAUGACAGGGAUCGAACAAAGACAAUGAAAUGUCUGUUUAGAUUCUGUGAACGAAUAAAGAGAGACUUUUUUUUUACUUUUGACCAUGAGAAAUCAACUAAUGGAAGCAAAUAAAGUUGAAGAGUCCAAA